CACCCAAUAUCGAAAAAAAUAAACUCCACUCCUCUCAGGCUUUAUCCGAUUUUAGGGUUUUAAAUUUCCCCUAUUAUUUUCUUGAUAAUCCUCGGAUUUAAGUUAUCUAAACGAAGCCCUAAAAUUUUCGGAUCAGGUCUGAGCUUGUGUUUGUUAGGCCUCUUUGAUCAGCUAAGUUUCAUGUCUGAUCUUGACGUUCAAAUUCCUACUGCUUUUGAUCCCUUUGCUGAUGCAAAUGCUGAGGACUCUGGUGCCGGCACAAAGGAGUACGUGCAUAUUCGUAUUCAGCAAAGGAAUGGUCGGAAAAGCCUGACAACUGUCCAGGGGUUGAAGAAAGCAUUCAGCUAUAACAAGAUACUAAAAGACCUGAAGAAGGAGUUUUGCUGCAAUGGCACCGUGGUCCAGGACCCUGAAUUAGGACAGGUUAUUCAACUUCAGGGUGACCAACGUAAGAAUGUGUCAACCUUCCUUGUUCAGGCUGGCAUUGUGAAGAAGGAUAACAUCAAAAUCCAUGGUUUCUAAGCCUGCAGCCUCGUGAAGCUUUCUGCUAAAUCGCGGUCCUUGUGUCGAAGCAGGGAAUAGCAAUUGUCUGAUUAGGUUAUAUGUCUAUGCGGUUGGAUCGUUGCUCUGUGGGUUUGAUAAGAACUUAUGCAUCUAGCGUUUCUUGUGCUUUUAAAUUCAACGGAUUCUGUAUUGUUGGAUGAUGAUGAAAGCUAUAUGGGAGUUUGUUUCUCUAUUAGUA